GCCUCCCUGCGUGCAGGCAACACUUGCCACGAGCGGCUGGACUUAGGACAGGCAAUUUGCCUUGCCACCCUUCUGUCGCCCCCACCCCUCCCUUAAGGCCGAUGGCAGAGACGUCCCUCCUCCCCCUUCUCCUCCUCUUUGGUGCCUCCAGCCAGGAGGCGGGAGCGACCCACAGCAGCUGACCCAGCUCUGGCACUGCCUCUCCCACAGCCCUCAAGACACACCAUGGGCCCAGAGGCAGGUUUGCUACACAGCAGUGACGACGCAGGUGGCGGCCCCGGCGACACUCAACUGCCUCCCUGACCACAGCGACCACCGCCUAACACCCCCGAGAAGCCAUCGCCACCACCGGCAGGAGAACCUAAGGUCCAUUAAAGCCAUCUUCGCGAUCAACUCAAGCUACGUCAACAACUAUGGCGGGGGAGGGGCGGCGGGCGGAGGCGGUGCGGGAAGGAUGGGGUAUGUACGUCACCCCCAGGGCCCCCAUCCGAGAAGGAAGGGGCCGGCUCGCCCCUCAAAAUGGCGGCAGCAGCGAUGCGCCUGCGUACGCAACUUCUCUGUCGCGCCAGGGCCGGCGGGAAGUGAGGUUUUCUGAGGAGCCGCCAGAAGUGUACGGUGACUUCGAGCCCCGGGUGGCCAAAGAAAGGUCCCCGGUGGGAAAACGAAUCCGGCUAGAAGAGUUCCGGCCCGAUUCUGCGAAAGAGGAAGUGAGAGAAAGCGCGUACUACCUUCGGUCUAGGCAGCGGAGGCAGCCGCGAUCCCAGGAAGCUGAGGAGAUGAAGACGCGAAGGGCUACCCGCGUUCAGCAGCAGCACUCAGAGCAGUCUCCGCUACAGCCGUCUCCCGCUACGACUAGGAGAGGGCUGCGGGACUCUCAUUCCUCUGAAGAGGACGAAUCAUCUUCCCAAAGUGAUUUAAGCCAAACGAUCUCAAAGAAAACUGUCAGGAGCACACAGGAGGCUCCAGUGCUGAGUGAAGAUCUUAUAAUCAGCUUAUGUCGACCCCCUCUAAGAAACCCAAGAUUUGAUUCGACAUACAAAACAAAUGGAAAUACUAAAAUGAGUGAAUUAGAAGCCACCAGUGUCCAACAGAAGGUCAUUUUCUCUGAAGAAGGAGAAACUGAAGAAGAAGAUCAAGACAGCUCUCAUAGCAGUGUCACUACUGUUAAGACCAGAUCCAGGGAUUCUGAGGAAUCUGGAGAUCAAACCACCAGAUCAUCUAGUAAAUAUACAGAAUCAUUUUGGCAGUCAUCACAGAGUCGAAACUUCACAGCUCAUGAUAAGCAACCUUCAGUGCUGAGCUCAGGAUAUCAAAAAACUCCCCAGGAAUGGGCUCCACAUACUGCAAGAAUAAGGACUAGGAUGCAAAAUGACAGCAUUCAGAAAUCAGAACUUGGAAACCAGUCACCAUCAACCUCCCGCCGACAAUUGACUGGACAACCCCAAAAUGCAUCUUCCGGCAGGAGGAACUGGUGGGGGCCACUUGCUCUAUUAGCUGCCCUUGCCUGUGGGAGUUUUUGGUUCUUUCAUACUCCUGAGGUAAAAACCACUGCUGUUCAAGAGUUCCAGAACCAGAUGAAUCAACUUAAGAAUAAGUACCAUGGUCAAGAUGAGAAGCUAUGGAAAAGAAGCCAAACAUUCCUGGAAAAACAUCUUAAUAGCUCCCAUCCUCGCUCUCAGCCUGCUAUCUUGCUGCUCACUGCUGCCCGAGAUGCUGAAGAAGCACUUAGGUGUCUGAGUGAACAAAUUGCUGAUGCCUAUUCUUCUUUCCAUAGUGUUCGUGCUAUCCGGAUUAAUGGGACAGGCAAAGCUACUCAAGACAGCGAUACUGUCAAACUAGAGGUAGACCAGGAACUGAGCAAUGGAUUUAAGAAUGGCCAGAAUGCAGCUGUGGUACACCGCUUUGAGUCACUGCCUGCAGGCUCUACUUUGAUAUUCUACAAAUAUUGCGACCAUGAAAACGCAGCCUUCAAAGAUGUAGCCUUAGUCCUGACUGUCUUAUUAGAGGAAGAGACACUUGGAACCAGCCUAGGCCUAAAGGAAAUUGAAGAAAAAGUUAGAGAUUUCCUCAAAGUCAAGUUCACCAAUGCUAACACACCCAACUCCUACAAUCAUAUGGACCCAGACAAAUUGAAUGGCCUCUGGAGCCGUAUUUCUCACUUAGUUCUGCCUGUGCAACCUGAAAAUGCCCUAAAAAGGGGCAUCUGCUUAUAAGAAGUGAGAGAGGAGAAAAAUCAUGUCCCAAGUUCUGAGAAUUUUUCACACUUUCUAACCAGAGAAUUCAGAGCUCUUUGAAAGAACUGGUUUCUUUUUAAAGGAAGUUAAGUUCUUACAUAAACAUGGAACAUAUUUUAUUCAACCUAAUUAUCUGUGAUAUGAGAGAAUCAUUUCAGCUUCCAUUGAGAGCUGUGUUAAAGGUAUCUUAGGAGUGUAUAUUAUAUGCGGUUCCAUAGAGAAUCUGUUUUGAUUCUGGGCUAAAUUAUUACAAUUAUGGUGUGACCAGUGAGAGGGAUUUGUCUCCUUUCUUACAAACCUUCCUGGUUUUUUAGAUUUCUCUCAAGGUUUGUUGCGUUAUUAGUAAGAUUGCUCCCUAAAUGUAACCAUGCAUUUUCCCAUUGUGUUCCCUUUUAUAUCAUUUAGGCAUAAGUUCCUUACCUUCUGUUUAUAGGAACAAAAGUAGUCAAAGGUCAUCUAAAUGUGUGUCUGGAAUUUUUUUUCUUUUGUAUUUUGGAAGAUGGAGAGAACAAGGCCAGGAAGGAGAAAUUAAUGGGAAGGUGAAGGGAGGAAAUGUUACAGUAAUCCACUGAGAUGUAGGUUAGGCAGACAUAGGUAUAUGAACUGUUCAUCUUGGUGGAUUCCAUUGGGAUUUUUUUUUUUUUACACUUCCUUUUUUCUUCCUUAAAGAAAAAUUCUUGGUCCUCCGAAGGAUUUUUCAUGUAUAUUGCAAGAUUUAAUAUAUUUGUUCAUUUGACUCUUAAGUAAGUCAGGCUGGGCACAGUAAUUAUGCCUGUAAUCCCAGCACUUUGGGAGGCUGAGGCGGGUGGAUCACCUGAGAUCAGGAGUUCAAGACCAGCUUGGCCAACAUUGUGAAACCCCAUCUCUACUGAAAAUACAAAAAAAUUAGCUGGGCGUAGUGGCAGGUGCCUGUAAUCCCAGCUGCUUGGGAGGCUGAGGCAGGAGAAUCACUUGAACCUGAGAGGCGGAGGUUGCAGUGAGCCAGGACCACGCCAUUGCACUCCAACCUGGGCAACAACAAUGAAAUUCCGUCUCAAAAAAAAAAAGAGUAGGUAAAUUCAGAACAGUUUAUUUUGGACACAUCCUGAAGCUUUUGAUUUGAAUUAAGAAAUAGAGUUUCAGGAAUUGACAAACCAUUUGUUAACCAGCUAUCAUGGGCUGUUGAAGAUUUUGUUUUUUGUGCAUCCAGUUGUUGUGGUCUAAGUCCUUUAGUGCUACUCCAUAGCAAAUACGAAGAUUUACUAUGCAGGUGAUACAUUUUAUGGAAUGCCUCAAACCAAGAUAGUGAACUUAUAUGAAGAGUGAAAUGUAUUUCUUCACUAAUAAUAGUGUUUUAGUUAUAACUUUGCAUCUACAAUUGAGCUUUCUCGUCUGAACUGCUAUGGUUUUCUUAAAAUGUUACAAUUCUAGAUCUGUCUACCUUGUUUUUGUAUUGUCCACAAACCUUUAAAUGUAAAUAUUUAAAUUAAUGGCUUUGUCAUUACCCUUUGAUAGUUCCACAAGUUUUAGUAGAGUCUUCUGAUUUCUUUCCACUAGUACAACCAAUAUUCAUAAAUGUAUACCCAUUACUGUAAUUUGUUCCUGUUAGAAGUCAGACCAUCUGAUUUAUUUUAUAGAGGAUUAUCAAAACAGGAGUUUUUGAAAAGGCUUAUUUUAUACGUACAUAUUAUAUAGAGAAACAAAUGUUUUUAUUAAAUGUUUCACUGACCCAAGUAAUUUAAAAGUAGUAUGUUACCUAUAUCUUUCAGGAAGAAUAAUUACAGUAGCUGAUCUGUAAAUGACUUUAAAAGCUAUUUUAGUAAUUUAAAUAAAUUUACUUUCUUGGUUUGUACUCUC